AUUACGAGUAAAGGCAUUUUAAACGCCAUUGUCGUUGUCUGUACCGUGCUGCAGUACAAUCUGUUUUACAGAACGCGCGCCCGUACGCGCGAUCGUAAAAAAUCGGCAACUAUGCGCCUAGCAUACGCGCACGUUUUCUAAUUAGUCGGUGUCUGGCACUGCAACGAGAGAUGUCGGCGAAUGAUUCUAACGAGCUGAACGCGGUGAUGACGUCCACGACGGCGUCUGCGGGGGCUGCAAUGGCCACGACAGCCACGACGGCCACGAUGGCCACGACGGCCACGAUGGCCACGACAGCCACGAUAGCCACGAUGGCCACGACGGCCACGACGGCCACGACGGCUACGACGGCCACGACGGUCACGACGGCCACGACGGCCACAACGGCUACGACGGCCACGACGGCGACCGAGCCAAUUAUAUUAAUUCCUAAAACACUGCAAAAUAUUAUUCAAGCAGCUGUCGUGGCUACAGUAGGAAGAGGAAGAGGGAGAGGGAGAGGAAGAGGCAGAGAAAGAGGAAGAGGCAGAAGCAGCGGCGAAGACAGAGGAAGAGGCAGAGAUGGUAGAAGGGGAAGAGGCAGAGGUGAAUGGAGAGGAAGAGGCAGAGGUGAAAGAAGGGGAAGAGGCAGAUACGAUACAUUUGGUAUCAACAUUUUUCUACAUUAACACACA